UGCAGCGGCGGAUUCUGCCCCUUCCCCGCCGCACCAUGCCCACCGUGGAGGAGCUCUACCGCAACUACGGAAUCCUGGCGGACGCCACUGAGACGGCGGGCCAGCAUAAGGAUGCAUACCAGGCGAUCUUGGAUGGUGUGAAAGGAGGUGCCAAGGAGAAGAGACUUGCAGCCCAGUUUAUUCCUAAGUUCUUCAAGCAUUUUCCUGAGCUAGCUGACUCGGCUAUCAAUGCCCAGUUGGACCUCUGUGAGGAUGAAGAUGUUUCUAUCCGGCGGCAAGCAAUCAAGGAAUUGCCUCAGUUUGCCACUGGAGAAAAUCUUCCUCGGGUAGCAGACAUACUGACCCAGCUUCUACAGUCAGAUGAUUCUGCAGAAUUCAAUUUGGUGAACAAUGCUUUGCUCAGUAUAUUUAAGAUGGAUGCUAAAGGGACUUUGGGAGGCUUAUUCAGUCAAAUUCUUCAGGGAGAGGAUAUUGUGAGAGAGAGAGCCAUCAAGUUCCUCUCUACAAAACUGAAAACCCUGCCUGAGGAGGUGAUGACAAAGGAGGUAGAAGAGUUCAUAUUGACUGAAUCAAAGAAGGUGCUGGAAGAUGUGACGGGCGAGGAAUUUGUUCUGUUCAUGAAAAUAUUGUCUGGAUUAAAAAGCUUACAGACAGUAAGUGGGAGGCAACAACUAGUGGAGCUGGUAGCCGAACAAGCUGACCUGGAACAAACAUUCAAUCCAUCUGAUCCAGAUUGUGUGGACAGACUUCUACAGUGUACUCGGCAGGCAGUGCCACUCUUUUCAAAAAACGUUCAUUCCACAAAAUUUGUUACUUACUUCUGUGAGCAUGUUCUGCCAAACCUCAGUUCUUUGACUACUCCAGUGGAGGGUCUUGAUAUCCAGUUAGAGGUGUUGAAGCUUCUUGCUGAAAUGAGUUCAUUUUGUGGCGAUAUGGAAAAGCUUGAAUCAAAUUUGAAGAAGCUGUUUGAUAAAUUACUGGAGUAUAUGCCCCUUCCUCCAGAGGAAGCAGAGAAUGGAGAAAACGCUGGCAAUGAAGAGCCCAAGUUGCAAUUCAGUUAUGUGGAGUGUUUAUUGUAUAGUUUCCAUCAGCUCGGUCGUAAACUUCCGGACUUCCUCACAGCCAAGCUGAAUGCAGAAAAAUUGAAAGACUUUAAAAUCAGGCUACAGUAUUUUGCUCGAGGGUUGCAGGUGUAUAUUCGACAGCUUCGUCUAGCACUUCAAGGAAAAACAGGAGAAGCCUUGAAAACAGAGGAGAACAAGAUUAAAGUGGUUGCCUUGAAAAUAACCAACAACAUUAAUGUUUUAAUCAAGGAUCUUUUCCAUAUUCCUCCUUCUUAUAAAAGUACAGUUACACUGUCCUGGAAACCAGUACAGAAGGCAGAUGCAAGUCAAAAAAGAGCAAGUGAAGAUACAACCUCAAGUUCACCCCCAAAGAAAGCUUCGGCAGGACCAAAAAGGGAUGCCAGGCAAAUAUAUAAUCCUCCCAGUGGAAAAUACAGCAGUAAUCUGGGUAGUUUUUCUUACGAGCAAAGAGGUGGUUUCCGGGGUGGACGAGGAAGAGGCUGGGGAGGACGUGGCAAUCGUAGCCGAGGAAGAAUCUACUGAGUAGACUGCUAAAUAUUCCAUGCCCCUGAAGGGCUAAAGUGAAAGUGCUACUCAGCAAGUUUGCUUGGAGUAUUGUUUCCUUCAAGGACUGCCUUCCACUAAGACUGACUUAAAUGUUCUUUAUACCUUUGUAUGUAUGAUCUACUUUUCUAACGGACUACAACUUGUCCAUAGUGAAACUACAACUGUAUUUUUGGAUGCUUACAGUCAGCGGUUUUGGGUUCUUAUUUUUGAAGUGUCUUCAGGAUUUAUCCAAAAUUGGAAAAGAGCGUAGAUGUUUUAUCAAAAGCUACAUCUUGACAGUUUGUAUAUUAACCUAAAAAUCAGCUACUGCAUAACUGAAACUAUAUAAUUGAGUUUAUGUAUUAAGUAAUGGACAGGAAAGGCAUGACAACAGAGAUACAUGUCAGAUAAGCUUAGCAGCUGAAGUAAUCCUUUCCUCAUCUGUAACCAUAUUUUGCAAUAUGUGGAGAAGAGUACCAUUCUUAAAUUUGCUUUGAUUUACUUUUUUAAAUGGACUUGAAUGAGAUACAUGCUGGUUUUCUAAAGUUUGCAACAUGGAUGGAAAUUUAUUUUGCUUGUAGCAUGAAGCAGUCCUUUUACUUAGAGAUGUGGAGAAUGUGGUGUUUUUUGGUUUGCACAUCUUACUCUUCUCCGUGCAUUGUAAUGCAAAAGUGAUGUUUUGCAAAUGAAUUUUUAAUGUUUAAUAUGAAUGUGCAUAUAGUUAUGCCGUGAAAUUUCAGUAAAUGAACAGGAGAAACAAAACAAUAAAUGACUAGAAUUAUUCCAGGAAUGGGUAAAGACUGAUGCAGUGAUUAAGCUUCAUAGGCUGGAGCUGGGCCGUAGCAGUACCUGGCUCUUUUCUAUGUUUUGCAGAUUUCUGCAUUAGUUGGCACUUGAGGGUUGUUUUUUUUGUUUUGUGGGUUUUUUGUUUUGUUUUGUUUUGGGGGGUUUUUUUGACCAAUACAGUCGCAUUUAAAAAUAUAUAAAUAAAAUUGUAUUUUGGGUAACAUUGAAAAAUUCCAGCUAUGUAGUUCAAUUCAGGUGGAAAAGUUAACAAUUCCAUGCUAUUUUUUCCAUAGCAAGUUGGGAUUCUUAUUUACUGGUGUACACCCAGAAAAUACAAUGUAAGA